CGGCGACAGUCUUCCGUCGGGGAGCGUUCGUCGCGCUCUCACGAUGGCUCUGCUCUGCUCGGCCCAGCAGCCUCUUGGGCCAUCUGGAGCCUCGGAACCUCUUUAGUGCGGAAGUUCGGGCCGCAGGCGGCGGGCAAGCAGAACCUCUGGAUGGACCCUCCCUCAGAAGCUUUGCUCAUUUGCAGAAGCUGGGCAAUGCUUCUCAUUAACAUCUGUCUGUCAGCAUAGUCCAGCGUCAUUUCACUGUGGUGGCAGGGACUGAGCUCCGAAUUCUGUAUAGAAAAAAAAAACACCUGGAUCCCAGUGUCUCAAUGGCUUCAAGACAACCAGAAAUGCCUGCUCUUGCUCCCAGUGGGCCUUUAGGCAAGAUGUCCCUGCCCAUCGGGAUGUGCCGCCGGGCAUUCAGCUAUGAUGAUGCCCUAGAGGACCCAGCGCCCAUGACUCCUCCUCCAUCGGACAUGGGCAGCAUCCCCUGGAAGCCAGUCAUUCCAGAGCGCAAGUAUCAGCAUCUUGACAAGACAGAGGAAGGAGCAGCCAGUGUCUCUUCCCUUGCUGGGACUCCAUCAACAGCCACUGACAGUUCAGACAAGGCCCCGGUGGUGAAGGCUAAAGCUACCCAUGUCAUCAUGAGUUCCUUGAUCACAAAACAGACCCAGGAGAGCAUCCAGCAUUUUGAACAACAGGCAGGACUGAGAGAUGCUGGCUACACACCCCAUAAGGGCCUUACCACUGAGGAGACCAAGUAUCUUCGAGUGGCAGAAGCACUCCAUAAACUAAAGCUGCAGAGUGGAGAGACAACAAAAGAAGAGAAGCCCCCUGCGUCAGCCCAGUCCACCCCGAGCAGCACCCCUCACUCGUCCCCUAAGCAGAAGUCCAGGGGCUGGUUUCCAUCUGGCUCCUCCACAGCCUUACCUGCUCCGAAUCCUCAGACCAUGGAUCCUGGGAGUGGAAACGACAGGAGCUCAGCAGAUAGAUGGAGCCUCUUUGGACCACGACCCCUGCAGAAAUCUGAUUCUGGUUUUGCCAUUCAGGCUUACAAAGGUGCCCCCAAACCCUCUCCUAUGGAGGUGAUGCGUGCCCAGGCCACACGAGCAGGUGAAGAUCCACCAACCUUCAAGCCGCCAAAGAUGGAUGUCCCAAUGGUAGAAGGAAAGAAACCACCACCUCGGACCCAUAAUCUUAAACCCCGUGACCUGAAUGUGCUCACACCUACUGGCUUCUAGAAUGCUUCUGUCCAGGGUCUGUAACUUCCCUGGGCUCUGACACAGGAGCGAUGUGGUUACCUGAGGCCUGAGUGUGCGGAUUGUCCUUGGGUGAGAGAGACCACUUUGCACUGCUUUCAGGUUGGUGGAAAAUGUCAGUGGUGUCGAGUUGAGGGCCUCACUAUUGUUUUUAAGUCAUUUAUCCUAGAGAAGGACUCCGAUCCUUGCUUUCCUUGGUCAAUUAUGCUGGAGUGCUUCCAAUACUAAGGCCUCUUGAUUCUUUUCCCUUGAUCCCUAUGAGCACUGAGUAAUCAUGAUAGAGGUUGCCCACCAACCAGUUGGGGACAGCUCAUGGCUAUACUUGGCAGGACCCUGGCUCUCUAAGCUGAACUACAAUGCGCUCGAUCCCUCCCUCCCUCCUUCCCUCUCUCCCUCUCUAUGUAGCCCCGUCUGUCCUGGAAAUACAGGCUGGCCCACGGAGAUGCACCUGCCUGCCUCCCGAGUGCUGGGAUUAAAGGCCUGCCCCACCUCCCCCCACUGCCCUGCUCAGGUUCUGUCUCUUGCUUAGUCCAGCACACCACUUUGUUCACUUGGCCCCUGCACUUGGAGGGCUGUGUAUCUGUUGUGUCACAGGACAAAUACUAGGUCUUGUACAGCCCCUUUCUUUCGCACUUUAACAUGGAAUUAAUUUAACUUCUAAUUCAGUAUGCUGGUUUCAUACUGGCAGAUGGUUCCCACUCCAAUUACUGAAGUGUCACCCCUAGUUCCUGGAUAUUGUGUUUUUUUAGUUGUGUGUAUUUUGUUUUGAGACAGCGUCUUACUUUGUAACAAUCAGAUGCAUAGAGAAGAUGUACCUGCCUCUGCCUCCCAGGGCUGGGAUUGAAGGUGUGCACACCCACACCCAGCUUAAGCUUUUGUUAGAGUAGAUGAUAGGUACAACUGGAUCAUGUAGUCUUCAGGUUCACAUGAACUUGGUGCCACUGUAUUCUGAUAACACUGAGGUAGCCGCAUUUGUUCCGUAAUACAUCUUAUUGAGGAAAGGAGGUCUGUCCCGUCUCCUCACUCUUCACAGGUCUGUUGGUCUUGAACACUCACAUAUGAUUGCUCAAUCAUUUUAGAUUGUAGUCUGUUUACAAAAUGAGCUAACCUCAUAGAGAAGCCCUGGAGUCUAAGAUUGUUGUAAAAAUUAAUUUAUUUGUGUUAUCUUGUAUUGACAAAUAAAAAUCUUUACUACUUUCUCAA